AUUUGUUGUGUUUCUUAAAAGUGGUUAUCAGUAGAAACAAUAACUAUCCAUUGUGUAACAGUAGACUUAAAAAACAGAGGACACCAUUGGUGUCUGUUUAGAAUUACUUGUUUGUUUAUAAUUUAAAAACGAUUAUAUAUGGACCCUCGGGUUAUAUUAAAUCAUUUGUAAAGAAGUGUAACGAUGAAAACAGCAAUGGAGCUCCCCAAACUUGUAAUCAAAUUGGCACUUAUCGUGGGCACAUGUUCCUCAGGCAUUAUUAGUGGAGAUGAUAAUAAAGUGGACAGUGUAUUUGCCCCUUUCGGAAAAUGCGAAUGUGGUGUUUUUGAAUUUGGUUUGAUUGAAAAUGCAGAGCCUAUUAUAAAACAAACACCAAUUAAUGUUACUUGCGAUGCAACAGGGUAUACAAACUGUUUAAAUAUUUGUUCUGCAUUGGCCCAUGCCGCUAAAACACAAGGGCCGGAAAUAUUAUGUGGAAUUCUAAAAAAUACGGACAAGUUGAAGGUGGGUGUUUAUACAAGGGUGUGUAAUGGGGCAUCGUGGGCUCAUACAGGGUUAACUUCUCCCUCGCCCAUCUGCUGUGAAGAGUCUCAAAUCAAAAACUGUACGAUUACUGAAGGUGAAACAGAACCAACUUCUACUGUACAAAUUUCACCACUAACUGAACGAAAUGAAUAAUUUUUUUAUUAAUGUAAGUACUUAUUUAAAAUCAAAAUAGUGAUAUUGAAUGUAUGUAAAUACAAAUUGACAGACGGUCUUAGUGAUGACGAUCAGGCAGGGACACAACAUGACGAUUUAAUUUUUAAAUAAAUUUUUAGUCCUCA